CGGUGCGGGGAAAACGAAAGUUACAGUGUGCAGGAGGACAAAACGAAACUAACGGAAGUAUUCCACAAUUUACAAAGAAAUUCUUAUUUCGAGAAGCCGAUGGUGUCGGGUUGUGACUCAGGAAACAGGACCACAAGAAACCUACGCGCCCAUCAGCUGGUGGACUGACGCACGUAUUUAAAGCCUGCGUCCACAGCAGCACCAAACCAGCAGCAGCAAAGAUGAGUCUCUCUUCUUUAACCGCGACUCCCAAAGUGAUCCUGCAACUCUGCAUCAGCACCAUCCACCGCUUUCUGAGCGUCCUUUUAACGUCCCUGCACUGGGUGAGAGGAUCCUGCAAGAGGCCAGCGUCAGUCGCUCCUCGGUUGGAGCAACAUGAAGACCAAACUGCGACCACUCCAACUAGCGUUAACUAUCAUUUCACUCGUAAAUGUAAUUAUAAAUGUGGCUUUUGCUUCCACACUGCAAAAACAUCCUUCGUCCUUCCUGUGGAGGAAGCCAAGCGGGGUCUCAGACUUCUAAAGGAAGCAGGAAUGGAAAAGAUUAACUUCUCCGGAGGAGAGCCCUUCUUGCACGAUAAAGGGGAAUUUCUGGGACAGCUAGUUCAGUACUGUAAGAUGGAUCUGCAGCUCCCAAGUGUCAGCAUUGUCAGCAAUGGAAGCAUGAUCAAAGAGAAGUGGUUCCAGAAAUACGGAGACUGCCUGGACAUCCUGGCCGUCUCCUGUGACAGCUUUGAUGAAGAAACCAACCAGCUGAUCGGCAGAGCUCAAGGCAGGAAGAGCCACAUCGAGAACCUCUACAAGAUCUGCAGCUGGUGCCAGCAGUACAGAGUGGCGUUCAAAAUCAACUCCGUCAUCAACACCUUCAACGUGGAUGAAGACAUGACAGAGCAGAUCAGCCAGCUCAACCCUGUCCGCUGGAAGGUGUUCCAGUGUUUGCUGAUCGACGGAGAGAACGCAGGAGAAGACGCCCUGAGAGAAGCCGGGAAGUUCGUCAUCAGUGACGAACAGUUUCAGGAGUUUCUGGAAAGACACGGUGGUGUUUCCUGUCUUGUUCCUGAGUCUAACGAGAAGAUGAGGAACUCCUACCUGAUUCUGGAUGAGUAUAUGCGCUUCCUGGACUGCCGAGACGGUAGGAAGGAUCCGUCCAGGUCGAUUCUCGAUGUGGGCGUGAAGGAUGCCAUUUUUUUCAGUGGCUUUGAUGAAAAAAUGUUUCUAAAGAGGGGUGGGAAGUAUAAUUGGAGCAAAGCUGACAUGAAGCUGGACUGGUGAAGCUUAAUUUUCCUCUUUUGGAAUGUUUGAUUAAUGUUUUAGCAUGCUUGUUCCAAACAUUAUUUUAUAAAAGUAUUUUAAAGUUCAACACAACUUGAGUAAUUUUAUUUAUUUUAUAACGUUUUAUGACAGCUAAUUAAAAACAACAGUCACUUUUUGCACUUGAUGCUUUGUAAUUUUAAAGUUUUGUCACAUAUUUUCUAAAUAGGAAUUAAAGCUGCUGUUUGUGCACAACUUCAGUUAAAUGUACUCCAGCUGUGGUUGUUUUGCUCACCGACUCAUUUAGUCACCAUGACAAAUAUUGUUUUCAGGUUAGUGUAACCCACAGUGUGUGGUCUUUUGUGUAUAGCACUCUAAUAUGAGAAUAAAACAUGUAAAUCCAAA